AUGGUUUUUAUUAAUUCCAAUAUCCAUCUUACCAAUGGAGGCUGUCAAUUUCAACCAGCUAAUCCUGUUGAGCUACUAGUGACACUCGUUACACCAUCGUUUCUUAGAUGCGGUGCACAAUGUAAUCUCAAUAUACACUGUCGAACAUUUGAUUAUAAUUCGUCAUCAGGUGUUUGUCGUCUGUUUGAAGGUGCGAGUAAUACAGGUAAUAUGACACUUGCAAUGUCAACUUCACAUGUCGGAGCUCUUCGACUCUCGCCAAGUCUUUUCAAUGCUUUUGGGCAAGCGUGCUUACAAUGCAUAGAAAGUCGAUUUCUGACAUGCUCAAAUAACACAUGUCAAUGUCCACGGAAUAGUUUUUGGAAUGGUGUUUUAUGUGAAAAUCAGCGUUACUCAGGUGCAACAUGCAACAAUAGUCAAAUGUGCCGUUACGAUACAUUAGGACUCAUUUGUUCAGCAUCAAAAAUCUGCACAACACCACAAAAUAUGUCAUAUACAAAUAUUUUCUGGCCAUUUGAUAACAAUACCCGUGAUUUUUAUAAUGUUUAUAACGGUGUAGUGAUUAAUAAUGGAUCCUAUUUAUUACCGGGCAUCACAGGCUAUGGUUCAUCCCUUUAUCUUCGAUCGAAUGCAAACCAAUAUGUAAAUAUUCCAUCACCAGGACUAGAUUUGAUCAAUUGUAGUUUUACUUUUGAAGUGUGGUUUUAUGCUAAAUCAUUGAAUGCAAUGGGUAUAAACGGUUUAAUUGGACAAUGCACUGCCGCCGUAACUAAUCAAUGCCUUCAAAUGGCACUACGUGGUGGUAUACCAUUUUUUGGAUUUUUUACAAAUGAUUGCUUGGGAAAGACAGUUCUAAAUAUCUCUACAUGGUAUCAUCUUGCGUUCAUCUAUUCGUAUGAAUUACAACAACAAUUAGUCUAUUUGAAUGGCAUUAUUGAGAGUCAAAACACAUCAAUUCAUGGAUAUCAAGGUUCUAGUAGUACACCGUUAACAAUUGGCUUAGUAAUCCCUCCUCUUAACUGGUACUUUGAUGGUCAAAUCGAUCACAUAAUGUUUACUAAUCGUGCCAAAAGUUAUAGUGAAGUUUUAGACGAUGCUACUUUGGUUGUUCAUUAUUCAUUUGAUUCAGAUUUACUUGAUUCGAGUUCAAUGAGAAUUAAUGGAACUGGUACGAAUAUCUUAUUUGUCAAUCAAGCCAUAGAAUUGUCGCAGAAUCCAUCCUAUGUGCAAGCGUCCGGUCUGACUCUCUUAGGUGCGUCCAAUCGAGCAUAUUCAAUUGCACUCUGGAUCUAUCCUUAUUCAACUAACGGUGGAGCUCUCGUGUAUUUAUGGCCAGGAGCAACUUCGUCAGUCAAUUGGUGUUUACCUUUACUUGAUCUCUCGACAUUAGGCAUAGUUAUUGCUCAACAAUACGAUGGCAUCAAUGUUAUCACUAUUAAUGGUCCAUCUCUACCAAACGGCACUUGGACACAUUUAGUCCAAACAUAUUCAUUUAAUACAGGAAUUAGUCUGUACAUCAAUGGUACAUUAGUGAAUAGUUCAAAUCCAUUUUCAUAUUCACCGAUGUUAACACCUGCUUCAAUCAUAUUAGGUCAAAAAGGUCCAGGAAUAUCACCACCUGAUUGUGGUUUGCAACCAAAGUCGAUUAAUAUGAGUCAAUAUUAUGGAUUGAUUGAUGAGUUUUAUCUAUACUCUCAUCAACUGAAUAUGAGCGAAGUGAAACAAUUAGCCAUUCGUUAA